AUGGAACUGUCACAGUAGGCUACAUUGUCAACAAGCCUUUCAUUUUCUAAGAAUUUUUUUACAACUCGUAGGUGAUCAUCUGUUUUUGAUUAUACUUCCUGUUGACUAUUUUUUAUUUUAAGUCGCCAUCCAGCGCGCACGGUGUCGCUCGGGUCAAUAUCUCGAUUUAAUUCGCCAUUUAAUCAAAACGAUUGGAAGAAGCUGCUGGAAGUGGCUAACGAACAACAAGCUCACGGACAUCUUGUCAGCUCUGAUCGAACUGAAAGCGAAGUGUACACACAUCAGCGUUUAUAGUCAGCGACAGGGAUCAGGGUCCGUCUUCACUCGCACAUCAUUUACGAACUACAUUUAUAUUUUUACACCUUGAAUAUUAGCUGUGUUUUGACAUUCUGACAUUUUAUGGUUAGUUUUUAGCUAGGUAGCUGGCUAGCUCUCAGGUUAGCUCACACAUUGAGAGAGAGAGAGAGAGGGAGAAAUAAGGCGCUAGUUAUUCAAGAGCCAUUGAACCCUUUGGGAAGAUGGCGCUUAAACGAAUCCAAAAGGAAUUGACUGAUUUGGCACGUGAUCCUCCGGCACAAUGUUCUGCAGGUCCAGUGGGGGAUGAUGUGUUCCAUUGGCAGGCAACAAUCAUGGGCCCUAAUGAAAGUCCAUAUCAGGGUGGUGUUUUUUUCCUAACCAUACACUUCCCAACAGAUUACCCCUUUAAACCACCAAAGGUUGCAUUUACUACAAGAAUUUACCAUCCCAACAUUAACAGUAAUGGCAGCAUCUGUCUGGAUAUCCUCCGGUCUCAGUGGUCACCUGCACUUACUAUUUCUAAAGUUCUCCUGUCCAUCUGCUCACUGUUAUGUGACCCCAAUCCAGACGACCCUCUUGUGCCAGAGAUUGCUCGAAUUUAUAAAACAGACACAGAGAAGUAUAAUAAAAUGGCCAAGGAAUGGACAGAGAAAUAUGCCAUGCUGUAGGUGAAGGGAAACGCUGCAUUGUGAACAUUAGAGAUAUAACAGAAUAGCGCGGGAAUGGACUCAGAAAUAUGCCAUGUGAUGUUGGCUGGACACAUUUACAAACUGUUCUCUCAUGUUUUGGACACUGUUGCAAGACCAUAUUUUCCCAUUUGUCUCUUAUGGAGGUACAACCCCAGUUUUCUGCUCAAACAGGAAUGCAGGCCUGCUCUUGGCCUUUCCAGACAUCAUGGACUCCAUCGGUCCAGUGGAAACUCCACUUUCAGCUCUGCCUCUUUGAUCGCUCUACCAAUAGACUCAUCUCACUCCACAACACAUGCCAAACCUGUUUGACCACAGUGUCUUUUCUCAGAGUCACUCAGAGAGAGAAUGUCUUUAGGCCAUUCUGCUUUUUUGUGGCCUUACUCCUGGAGUGCAUGCAAUCACAGGAGAUCAGGCCAGAUGUUGUACAUCAGUGGGAGUUUGAGACCGAUUCCUAUAUUCUGUUUGUAAAGAUUUGCAACAUUCAGAUCAGCUCUCGGCCCACCGUUCACAGCUGUUGCACUGAAAUACAUCACACUCGAUUGGCUUCAAUAUCUAUUUAAAAUCCUGCUACUUUUCCCCCUCAAUAAAGAUGCAAAACUUAUUAUACUUUGGUUCUGUUUUUCUAUUUCUGUUCAAUUAAUAGAUUGCUAUACAUUUAUUUCUGUAUUAUUUAUAUGGAUACAUUAGAUUGGGUUAUUCACAUCUCUAUUAUGAACAUGGAAAAUUCAUGUUUUUUUUCACUGGCUGGCUAAUGUAUGUGGACUGAAAUGCCAUUCCCAUUUGGAGUAACUGGUCUAGUACUACAAACGGCAUUAAAGGCAACCCCACAGAGUGCUAUGCAUUUGAUAUUAUUAGGUAUGUAUAUGGUAGGUAUUUGAUUUUCA